AUGAGGCAUGUAGGGAUCCACAGAAAUACAAUUUUGGAAAAUAGUCGGAGAGUGCCACUGAACACAAUAAUUUUACCUCCACUCUCACCACCUCUUCCUGAAAAGGCAACAGAACUUAUAGGAAAAGUACUGGUGAAUAAAUCGAAAACUGGUGGAGUAAAUGGUGAACUGGUAACAGUUUCCAGAUCACAAGAUAUACCGUCAACUAGCCCCGAACGACCGAAAGGUCCAGAUAGUGCAAGAGUGGCUCAGCUGGAACAAAAUAUUCGAUUUCUGCAAGAACAACAUCAGCUCAUGUUAACAGGUCUUCAUAACGAGAUCGAAAGUCUUCGAAAUCGAAAUAGAGAAUUACAGUUCCAGUUAGUAUUCGUUAAAGGUACUCUCCCUAGUUCUCCUUCAUCACCGGAAGAUGACACGAAACACAAGGUGUACUCCAGCCCGAAACAAAUCAACAUUACUCCUCUACAAGUGGAACUUUUGGAGAAAGAAUUAGGGGAGUUGAAGUUGCAAUUACAAGAAAUCGAAAGUCGAAAUGUUUAUCUUUCUGCAAUAGUUGACGAACAAAAAAAAAAACUUGAACGUUACGAACGUGACAGAGAAAAAGAACGUGAGAGAGCGCUUCAACCUGAUCCAGAAUUGUUGCGGAAACUCGACGAUGCUGAGACAAUAAUCCGAAGAUUGCGUCGAGAAAAUUCCGAUUUGCGUCGUGAAAACGCUAGCGUGUCGCAUUUUCAGUUGCGUGAUUCUCCAGCCACGUACAAAGAAUCUCAAAAGACAGGAACCAAUCAGGGACGCGGCAACGGGCGACAUCGAGGAAAUGGAAGUGGCCAUUAUCGAGGCAACUGGUUCCCCCCUCUACAUUCGCAAAGUUUUUGGCAACAGGGAACUAGACAGGAAAGAAAUGGAAGCGCGGACAGUGCCGGGUUACCGAAUUUGCAAAGUAACGGCAGUAACUCAACCCAGUAUCAAGGGCGAAGGGGGACCAAUAAUAACCACUACCAUAACGGAGAUGGCAGAAAGUAUAGAGGCGGGCAGAAUAAAAGUACUAAACCAUCAUAAAACGAAAAUCAAAAAUGAUUUUUUAAGCGUUGGAUAUUUGUAUUAUUAAGCGCUUAAAGGCUGUCUGUAUUAGAUACAAAUAUUUUAAUACUUACUCCCAGUGGUUUAAAACUGUUGUUAUAAUCAUGUUGAAACAAGCAGUCAGAACACUUUCGUUGAGGCAUUUUUUGGGAGUAGAAUUAUAGACUGUGAUUUGAUAAAACUAUUCAUCUUUUUUUAUCUUUGUAUUCGAGGAGACAAAUAUUUGGUAAUUUGUAAUAAUGUGCGACCGAAAAAGGGAACCAUGAGCCAUUCCAAUUAAUGAAUUAGUUGUAUGUUAAACUUUGAACUAUAAAGACUUAAAACUUCAUUCAAAUUUAUUAUAAUUAACAAAACCAAAAAUAAUAGUUAUAUCACUGUGCAUUGAAAUUUGGUGGAAACACAAGUGUGACGUAUAGAUUGGGAUGCAUUUUUUAAACUUCAGUUGAUAAUGAUACUCUGAGCAUGUCUAUCGUGAUAUUAGCCUGUUUUUAGAUUAAAGCUUAUUACACGAAAAAUAUGCAGUGGGUAUACGCAUGUGAUUAUAUACACCAAAAAUUUCAACGCUGCGCAAUUGUUAAAUGUCAUACUUCAGAACUAUCCAAACGUUCAACUGCCCAAAAUGGUUACAUUCGUUUACUUCUUUUCAACGGCACUCUAAUGACACGAUUGAGAAAUGUAAAGCUGGAUUGUUUACGUUUAACGCCAUAUUUCGCACGUGGUAGAUUAUGGAAUAAUAAGUUUAAUUGUUAUGUUGACAAGUAGACAUGACAAUUUUAAAUAUUUAUACAUUCUAGAUGUUUACACGUCAACAUGUCACAUUGAAUUAUAAAUAUGUCAUAUUGACCUGUAAACAUGACGUUUAUCCCAGUGUCACUAAUGUUGAAAGUGUUAUUCGUAAACAGCGUGGUGUGAGAUUCACAAGGUAUGGUUAUAAACUGAAGUUUCAAAAACUCACCCCAGUAAAAGUCCCUUAUUUUUCGAUCGCACUGUGAUCCAUAAGUUUUUCAACGUAACUGAAGAGUAUCUAGAUUUUAUCUAUGAUCAAGUAUCUUUAUAACAACUACUUUAACAGGGAGUUCAUUUAUAGUGGAUGCUUCUUGCAUUAUGUUGUUUUUAACAACCAUCCACUAACCUAAUAUGUGUCUUAAUUAUUUUAACAAUACUGUACAACUUGAUUCAAAAUAGAACUGAAACUGUUAUGUUAACGUAUUAGAGAUGUCUCUGAUAACUCUAGUUUUCUGGUACCAUUUACAGAUGUCAUGCAAUUCACUUACCUCAGUGAUAUUUUUCCAAGGCUUUCACGUAUGUACUUAUUUAAUAACGUCAGCUUGUUUAAAAGUAUAAACAGUAUUGAUUAUUAUUGACUAUUCAACUAGUACAUGAAGAUUUUACUGUCUGUUGAUAUAUUUGUGCAAUACAUUCUCCUAUAGAGUAGUUUUUAAUACUAAACUGUGCAC